AUGGACAUAACCCUUUUCACAGCCAAAGAAGCCCCCACAAUCUUUUUCAGCCAAAGCCAUGAUCAUCGUCAUCGUCAUCGUCUUCAUCGUGUUCGGUUCCCCAAUUUAGCCAUGCAAAGCUCCACCAGCCAGUCGUCGGAGUACUCACUCGACCACUCUCCGCCCGCCGCUGCUGGAAAAUGGUCCUCCACCCUUCUCAACGAGUGUGCUCGAGCUAUCUCCGACAAAGACUCCAACAAAAUCCACCAUCUUCUUUGGAUGUUGAACGAGCUCGCCUCCCCGUACGGCGACUCCGAUCAGAAAUUGGCUUAUUACUUCUUGCAAGCUCUCUUUUGCAGAGCUACCGAAACCGGCCUCACUUGCUACAAAACCCUCGUCACCGUUUCCGAGAAGAAUUACUCCUUCGACUCCGCUCUCAAGCUCAUCCUCAAGUUUCAAGAGGUAAGUCCGUGGAUGACAUUCGGGCACGUGGCAUCGAACGGAGCAAUUCUCGAAGCUCUCGAGCGAGAAACGAAGCUACAUAUCAUCGACAUAAGCGACACCCUUUGCACCCAAUGGCCAACACUAUUAGAAUCGCUAGCUACACGCAAUGAUGACACUCCACAUCUCAAGCUCACGGUGGUAUCAACAACAACAAAGGUGAAGUCUUUAAUGAAGGAAAUAGGGCAAAGAAUGGAGAAAUUCGCAAGGCUAAUGGGAGUCCCUUUCGAGUUCAAUCCCAUAACGAAUCUUAACCAAUUAAGCGACCUCGAGAACGAAGCUCUCAAAGUAGAAGAAGACGAAGCCAUCGCUAUAAAUUGCAAUGGAGCUUUAAGAACGGUAAAAAUCGAGGAGAGAAACGCUGUGAUUUCAAUGUUGAAAUCGUUAAAGCCUCGAGUUUUGACAAUUGUUGAAGAAGAAGCUGAUUUCAUAAGCUCGAAAAAUAAGUUUUUGAGCUGUUUCGAUGAGUGUCUUAGAUUUUACACGCUCUACUUCGAGAUGUUGGAAGAGAGCUUUGAAGCAACGAGUAAUGAGAAAUUGGGUUUAGAAAGAGAGUGUUCGAGAAAUAUUGUGAGGCUCUUGGGGUGUGGUAAUGAAACCGAACUCGAACGAGAGUUAACGAGCGAGAGAAGAGAAAAGGGAAAGCAAUGGAGCGAAAGGCUUGAAGAACGAGGUUUUUCAUCGGCUCGAUUUUGUGACGAUGUGAUGGACGACGUUAAGGCUUUGCUCAAAAGGUAUAAACCCGGUUGGGCGUUGAUGCAUCGGACCGGUGCUAUCGACACGAACCGAGAUGAAGAAGAAGGUGGUGAUGAUUCGAGUGGAAUUUAUUUGACAUGGAAGGAAGAACCAGUGGUGUGGAUUUCAGCAUGGAAACCCUAG